UUGUUGUCAAUAGAAUAUCAAUGCAUUUGGACAAUACUGCUUCUGAUUCUGAGCAGUCAAAGUCUUUACAAAUUAAUGUUGAAGUUUCAAAAAAACGUCGGCCAAGAAAAGAAAGAACUGCAAAAGAACAUUUGGACUCUUUUAAUGAACGUUCAUUAUUUUGGGAAGAUGAAGAUGGGGAGAGGACAGUUUAUUUGUUUGAUUAUACAAAUGAAGAAAAUAGUAGACAUAGGGGACAUGAAUUUAUUAAUAGACAUUUACUACAAGAAUUGAGGGAUAAUGACCUUUGGCGUUUAGUUAGGCAUCCUUUAGUUUUGAAUUUUGUUAAUGAAAAGCUUAUUUCUUGUGCAUUUUUCUAUUUAUUUCAUGUUGUUAUUUACUUCGUUUACCUUGGAUUACUUUUCUCGUAUGCUGAAGGGCCGCCAUCAAUUGCUAAAAAUUUGUUAAAAACUGUUGGAUGGCUUUUACCCAUUGUGGCUAUUAUUGCUUCAUGGAUAAAUUGUCUUUAUGUUCUUCGAAAAGCACCUUGUGGCCCUUAUAUUUUAAUGAUGAGCAAAAUACUUUAUUCUUUUCUUGGGACUUGUGCUGUUUGGAUUCCAACCCUCUUUACCUUUGCUUUUGCUUUUCUAUUAAUUAUGCGUAAUUCGGGUGCUCGGCCAUGGGAUGAUCCUGAAAGGAAAAAUAAUUCAACUUCUUUUAUGCUUGCAUUAUUUCAAUCAUUUACAAAAACAUCUGCAAUGAUGAUUGGGGAAGUUGAGGCAAAUGAUAUUUUGGAUAUGAAAGAAUGGAUAGCUAAUUUGUUGUUACUUUUAUUUGAAAUAAUUACUGUGAUUCUUUUAAUGAAUUUAAUGAUAUCUUUGGCUGUUGGGGAUGUUAAUGAAUUAAAUUUGUCUGCCGAAGAAAUGGAUUUAAAAAUUAAAGUUAAUUUUUGUAUUGAAUCUUUACAUUUAUCUGAACAAAUAUCUUUUGCUCACAGAUUAAUUAAUGUAUUACAUCGCUCUAAAACAAAUAAUGUUUUGGUUGUUGAAAAAAAUGGACAAAGAGUUUUUUCUAAAAAUGUUAGAAAUAUAAGAGAACAUUAUUUUGAUGUCCAUUUAUCAGCUCGUUCAGAACAACAAAAAGAAAAUGAAGGAAUAAAUAAUGAUCUAAAUGGAGUUAUUUCAGUUAAUGAGCAAAAAUGUUAUGAACUUGAAAUUAAUACAAAAGGAUUAAAAUUACGAAAAGAAUUGCUUUCUAGUCGAAAGGCGACAUUAUUAAAUAUUGAAGGAAUUAUAAUAAAAUUAUCAGAAUCUCCAUCAUCAGGAAUUCAACAAUUAAUUACUAGUUCAGAAAAUAUAGAAAUUUUGGGAAAUAUUAAAAAUGGUGAAACUUUGUGUAGAAAAUUUAAGCGUUGGUUUAUUGGAUUAAACUUGAAGGCAUUACUUUAA